ACUUUUGACACAGUGUCCACGCGAGUUUAUUUUCGUUGUAAUGCAUUAACUUUUGUAAAUAGUUGCAAAAUUUCUUACAGUCUGAGCUUAAACAACUAACGCAACCGACAUGAGUACGAUCUUGGAGAAAAUUGCGGCCAUCGAGUCGGAGAUGGCACGCACGCAAAAGAAUAAGGCAACAUCUGCCCAUUUGGGUCUGCUGAAAGCCAAGCUUGCAAAGCUACGACGUGAGCUUAUUUCACCAAAAGGAGGCGGCGGCGGCACUGGCGAAGCCGGCUUUGAGGUGGCCAAGACUGGAGAUGCUCGAGUGGGCUUUGUGGGCUUUCCUUCGGUGGGAAAGUCAACGCUACUUUCGAAUUUAGCUGGCGUUUAUUCGGAAGUAGCGGCAUACGAAUUCACAACGCUUACAACUGUGCCAGGCUGCAUUAAGUACAAGGGUGCCAAGAUACAGCUGCUGGAUUUGCCGGGUAUUAUUGAAGGUGCCAAGGACGGCAAGGGUCGUGGUCGUCAAGUGAUUGCUGUGGCGCGUACCUGUAAUCUUAUUUUCAUGGUGUUGGAUUGUCUCAAGCCUUUAGGCCAUAAGAAGUUGCUGGAGCAUGAAUUGGAAGGCUUCGGCAUACGCUUGAACAAGAAACCGCCAAAUAUUUAUUACAAGAGAAAGGACAAGGGCGGCAUUAACCUCAACUGCAUGGUGCCGCAGUCCGAACUGGACACGGAUCUGGUGAAAACUAUUCUGUCGGAAUAUAAAAUACACAAUGCGGAUAUAACGCUUCGUUAUGACGCUACCAGCGACGAUCUGAUUGAUAUUAUUGAAGGCAAUCGCAUCUACAUACCCUGCAUUUAUCUGCUGAACAAAAUUGAUCAGAUAUCAAUUGAGGAACUUGAUGUCAUUUAUAAAAUACCGCAUUGUGUGCCCAUCUCGGCGCAUCAUCACUGGAACUUUGACGAUUUACUAGAAAUGAUGUGGGAGUAUCUGAGACUGGUCCGAAUUUAUACCAAGCCCAAGGGACAACUGCCUGACUAUAGUUCGCCGGUGGUACUCCAUAAUGAGCGCACUAGCAUUGAGGACUUUUGCAAUAAACUACAUCGCUCUAUCGCCAAGGAGUUUAAAUAUGCGCUGGUCUGGGGCUCAUCGGUCAAGCAUCAGCCUCAAAAAGUUGGCAUUGAGCACAUACUCAACGAUGAAGAUGUGGUGCAAAUUGUGAAAAAGGUUUAGAUACAACAAAUUUGAUUUUUGGAUUCAGAUUGUUUUUUUUAUUGCAUUUUAAAUAAAAUUCUAAAUGCGCCAAAUACUUGAGAGCGUUGCCACAUUUGAGU